CAAAACGGGUUUCCGCAGCCGCUCAUUCCCGCCCAGCAGCCGCCACAUCUGGUCAACAAUGUCGUCCCUCAGGCCGUCCCUCAGGCAAAAGACCCUCCCCGCCCUCCGGAGGAGCGGCCAAAAGAUGAAGACAACAACGAUUACUCGGAACCGGCUUUCUGGUCGGUGAUCGGAGUGACGAUCGCCCUCAGCGUCGCCGCGGGCGUUGUGGCGGUGUUGAUUUUGGUGGAAGUAAGGCUUCCCGGGUUGCUGGCCGGCGCUCCGGGGGAGGAGGUCGCAAAAAAUCUCCUGGAAAAAGCGGAUCAACAAAGGUUGCUGAACCAGCAACAGCAGCAAGCUUUUGGUGACGCGAGCGACGGCCGUGAUGGUCUGGGUGGAACGAUCGUUCCUGCGGCGAGUAGAAGAGGUAAGAACAGGAACGGCAAACUAGGAUCCUCCUCACAAGGGCAAGGCCGCGGUAGAAGAGCAAGUCGACGCAGCUACGGGCAGAGGCAGCAGCGCCCCGGCGCGAUGGGAGGCAGUAAGCAGACUCCUACGCGUCGUGGUGAUGGGACUAUGUUGGCUGGCAGGCCUGACGGUCGACCGAACACGUUGGACCGAAGUAGGAAUAAUGCCACGAUGAUGCAAAACCAGCAAAAUUAUGUUCUCCUGGAAGGUGCCAGCGGCACUGGUGCGGACUUCGACAAUGUUAACUCGAUGAAGAUUAUGACUACGAAUGAAGACGGCGGGGCCCCUCUAGGUCAACACGACGAGGACGUAUUGCUACGAAGCUCCGGCGAGCCUCUCCGAGUAAACGGAGCUGAUCAGCGGUUUCGACUGCGGCACAAAAGCAUGCAGAUGAACCAACAAAGUAGCCACAGCGGAUACAAUAGAAAAUCACACACUACUGGCGAUCCGGACGACGAUAAGCAGCGACAGGAUGUGGAUGAUGGUGAUCUCAACGGCCACAACCGUCAAGAGCAACACAUUUUUGUGCAAAAUGCCCUCGACUUGACACUCGCUGGACCCCCACCACAACAGCCGGAUGGAGUUGUAUCACAGGAAGCAGUUGCACCCUUGUUGCCGGCAGAAGCAGCGAGGUCUACCCCACUUGCAAGAACGAGGCGGCAAAAGGACGACGUUGUUGAAAAACCGAGUGAGAUGAUGAACAAACAAGCUUUAUUUCCUGGUGUGGUUCCCCCACGGCCCCCUGCUGCUUCAAGAAUAGCUGUUCUGCCUCCGAUUCGGAUUCCACAGGAAAAUAAAUCGCUCUCUUCUGGCGAUGAACCACCUGCAGGCACCAGUUCAGGACCACCUGUUCCCGGCUCUCCUGGUACCCAAGACGCGGCCGCGGUGGCAGCGCCGCAAGCCGCGGCCACUGCUUUCACCGCGCCAAGCCCUACCCCAGCUGCCGGAGUAGAAGACGCGUCUCCGAGAACGAGAAAUAUUAAGAGCUCCGCCCCAGCUGGGCUGAAAAAGAAGAAAAAUAAGAAGAAGCCCUCAUCCCGGCCAAAGCUGACCAACGAGAUGAACAUUACUAUUGAAGACGCGCCUACCGAUAUCCUGUGAAAAAACGCACCCAGUACCCCAGAUUUGUCAGGUGCGAUUUUGAUUACCCCGGAGGUGAUGUCUCAUGCCGCUCCUGAUAUUGAUACAUAGGCAUUUCAAUUUCUUGGCCGUAUUUGGAUAUUCGUAUUUGUCUUUGUCAUUCCCUACUCAGGACGAGCAGGACCAGAGUGCCGUGCGGAUUUGCGACACGAUUAGACGUAUAGCUAAGGACAACCACUGUGUAGCUGCGUUUCCAACCUUGUUAUGCGAAGUCCGAAGAUAAUUUACUAGCUUUGAUGUGAUUUGCAUUUGUAUAGCAAAACUGCCAUCAUCACCAUCCUGAUAAUUGGCGGCUGGGUGCGGCGUGUUGACUCUGGAUUACUGACCUCGUGAAGGAGCGGAAGAAGCACGCGGAGCAGCGCUUCCGGAUGGAGAAACUGGAGGAAGAGCGCCGACAGGAGCAACAGCGGCACUACGCCGCGGCGGCGGCACAGCAACAUCAACAUGCUGCUGCACAACAGCAGCACCAGCAGCAUCAUUUGGCGCAGCAGCAACACUUGGCGCAGCAGCAACACUUGGCGCAGCAGCAGCACUUCGCGCAGCAGCAACAUUUGGCGCAGCAGCAGCAUUUCGCCCAGCAGCAGUUGAUGCAGCAGCACCAGCAGCACAUGAAUCCGCUGAACAGCAGCACGCCGCACAUGUACAAUUACCUCCAGUUGAUGCAGCAGCACCAGGUUGCGGCACAACAGCUUCUGCACUACGGCCAGCAGCAUCAUUGGACCCCGGAGCAGCAGCUGGCUGCGCAGCAGCAUCUGGCGGCGCAGCAGCAGCAACAGGCCUACCAAUACCAAAUAAAGCACAUGCAGCAGCAGCAGCAGCAGCAGCAGCAGCAUCGAGGGGGUGAGAAGGAGAACAUCAUGCUGAACAAAAACAAUAACAAGAAUCCACCCAUCAAGCUGCAGGCACCAACCGCGGCGGGCGCACCAGUUCGGGAGAACCGAGACGCGCAUGGCAGGCAAGUCCAACAAGUGCAGGACCGAAAUCAUGUUCAUGAUGGUCAUCAGCAUGUUGUGCUACAGCCAGGUAAUCAGGAGGAAGGUGCAGGACAAGGAGCUCCUCCUGGCUCUACAGCCCCUCCACCGACAGCGCAAGAAGAGAAAAUGAAGAACGCAGUUGUAAGGCUAGAGAGUUACAAAACACAAGAUGCACUACUAGCCGAGAAAGACGAUCAUUGUGCCGUGCGUUUUCAGGCUCAGAAUACAGGAGGAGAGCAACUACAAGGCCCAACGCUGGGCAGACGAACGGCUGCGGAAACGGAAAACAAAGGGCUACAACAACAUGAUGAACAUCAUUUUCAUACGGCUCCCGCAGCGGCUCUGGAGGUGAACAAGACUACCACGACCACGCCGGGCUUUGUUACAGCCACUCCGACGACGGGCACCGAGAGGCAACCCGCAAAUGCGAGACACACCUGGAUAGUACAAGAGGACGGAAAUGGCGCGCCACCAGCCGGAGGGACGCACGAGCACGCUGGUCGGGACCAGCGACCUGCUUGCGCAGGCCUCAAAACAGGAUCAGCAGGAACCAGUGGAAAUACUGGCGUUGGCAGUCACCUGCUUCAUCUUGUUGAGCAACAAAACUAUAGUGCGUUCAAUACCGGCAUGAAUAUCAUGGGUCGGCAAGAAAUUCUGGAGCAACAGCAAGCCAUGCAGGGAUAUCAGCCAUAUUAAGAGCAGGGAACACGGUGGAGACCAGCAGAGACCAGCUGCUGCUGAAAGUUGCUGGCUAUCCAAUGUUGCUGCCCCCGCAUUAGCGUCCUCUUCAACCUGCUGUCGUUAAAAUUGACUCUAGGGUGGUACUGAUAUGAGACAAAAUCAGAUCGCAGCGGCAUUCUUGGUUGACCUGCAAAAUAUGAUUUUUCUGCUUCUUGCUCUCGUCGCACAAAAACUGCGAAAGUUCUCUGUCGCAGCCCAGCUUCCACGCUUUUCGCCGCUAUGAUUUUUUUUCAACUGCUGUCCUCUCUUUCAGAGCCAAGCUUCAUGCUUUUGCUUUUCGUUUUCAGACUACAGCUUCAACCUAGCAAUCAAAGCAAGUUGUAGAUGUUGGCAGCAAAUGCCACCCAAAUUCCGUGUGUAGCGCCGCUGUGCGACUUCGAUGCACGAGGAACUUGCAGACGCCGUCGUGCAUUUUUUCACUACUUCCACUUGGUUUAUUGAUACUGAUACUAUACGUUUUUCUACUGAUACUGAUACUGAUACUGAUACUAUACGCAUACUGAUACUGAUACUGAUACGAAAUCUUCUACUUCAACUAUACGUUUUUCAUACUUCACUUCGGCUUUUUGAAGCCAUCCCAUCAACAAGGAUUCCAACUUUAAAAACUACACUUUUUUCGGAUAUUUUUGCAACUACUAUGUAUAACUACAGCCAAUAAAUUUUAUAUAAGAAGGAUGGAUUCUGGUCGUCGCAGUCAGAACUGUUUUUCACCUGGUCGUUGUCUCAGUCAGAACUAUUUUUUAUUUCAGCUUCAGGUUCAGCUGCGCGACAGCUACCGCAUUUUUUCUUUCAGAUAUAUCACAUCACACGAGCAAAGCAGUUUUUCUUUUCCGACAUUUAGCUAAUGUAUGACGUAUGAGUGAUUUCAACUUGUUGCAUAACAAGAAUCGCAAUACAAAGAAGCAGCUGGCCCACAAAUUACAAUAUACACUUUUUGAAACUCACCGACACCCGCAAGAAGAGCUCCAAGACCGGCAGUGGCAAGAUAAAUAUUGAACUAGCAAGUUGUGAAGAUUUCGCGAUUUCCCCCUGAAAUCGAUCCAACAAGGACUUUCCUGUCGUUGUUUGUAUGUCUAAUUGGUUUAGUUUUAGCUCCCGCCCGUUGACACAUGUUGUAUUAACAUUUGAAUUUUAUACGACUCCGUCCCGUAGAGCCAUUCCUUUGGUUCUGGAUGAUUAGGAAAUAGUAUCGCUGCGCAAGCCGUACUUCUACUUUGCAGAUUCGCCCUGUAAGAUAAGAUAGAUCCCCGACCCAGCAACCUAGCUUGUGUGUCAGCGUCUUUUUGGUUUUCUUCAAGCGGUAUAAUAAAAUGUCUCUGUCUUUUUUUUUUUCGCUAAAGCGGAAGGACCUCCAUGUCCAUAAAUUUAUUUGUUUUCAUGAAAGCUAAGCAUAUUUAUUUUUGAAAAACAAAAUUAGCGACAACAUCAAAUUUUAUGUCAGCACUAGUAUCAUCAUGAUCCAUGUUUCAGUUUUUCUCUCUGUCAACUCAUGGUCGUUCCGAAACGGACCAGCUAUGGUAGAAUUAUUGCUGUAACUACAGGAGCAAAAAUCCCCCACCGAAUGAUUUACUUCAGUUGAGAACUACAUUUCAACUAUUAACCUCGACGGCAUUCUUAUACCGACAUUAACAGCGACAGAUAUUUGAGCAACUGCCUCGACGUCGAUCACCUCUCAUCUCAACGUCAGAGAAGAUCAUCGAAGCCGAAGGUUGCAGCUUUGGAUCUACUUUCGUCGAACUAUCAACGGCGAGAAGUAUUGAGAAGAAAAAGACAAUAUCUUGGGUCCACCGCCCGAGGAGGGGUCGCUCGCAUUUCUUGCUUACUGAAAAUUUUGCGCCGGUCUUCAUCGAUUGGGGGAAAAUAUUUUCAUUUUUUUUCGUUCUCCUGCCCGAGGACGCGGGGAAUUGGAAUUGUAAUGCAGAUUGAGAAAUUCUACAAGGAAGACAACAACAUCAACAGAAUACUGAGUGGACUCAGUCGACCUCUUCCUCGUGGUGAACUUGAUUUCAGCUGCCGUCUAUUAUUUAUUUCGUCAUACCCGACGUUGGGAGAAAUCAUUUUUCGUCCUGGGGAAAAGUGAACAAAAGGAGCUUUUAGUAUCAUAUCUAUUAUCCGCUCCGUGCUUGUUUCACCAGCGAGCAUUUUCUUUUCUUUUCCGAACGACAUAGUAGACGUCAAUAUUAAUGGAUGGCGAUUUCUUAGCGAGUAAAAAGCUGGAACGAAGCCUCACACCAGAGUGAGGUUGAGCUUCUACUUGUAUUUUUCCCAGGAUCAUUUUAUUACCAAUGGUCUAGGGCGCCCGUAGUGCUGUAACUAUAACGCAAAUCUUCCGGAUGAAGCGGCAGCCGCAGCGUUCAUUUUCUUUUUCCUUUUCGCGAUUCAAAUAAUAGCAUAGAUAGGUGGAGCAGCUGCAGCGCUCAUCGAUGGAGGUGAACCAGCAGACUACGCGAACGACAAGGUGUAGGUGUCGCCACUGCCUUAUGAAAAAGUUCUCUCUCUGCCGCUCGAAAACCUCCUUGAUGCUUUGCUUCGCAUGACGAACAAUGAAUGUCCGUUUCCGGUGAGAACUCGGUGCGGAUUUUUCCACUACCACACUUCUGCAUCCGCGAUUGGAAGUCUACCGCACCAUGACAAAC